AUGUUUCUGUGUGUUUCUGUGACAGUCAAAGAGAAGAAAGAGACAGUGACGGAGGGAGAAUCUGUCACUCUACAUACCGGACUUACCGAAACACAAGCCGAUGUUACAAUAAAAUGGUGCUAUGAAACUGAUGACAAUCUCUUAGCUGAACUCAACAGAGGAACCAAAAGGACAUGGGAAUGUGCCGAUGGGAGAUUCAGAAGCAAACUGAAGCUGGAGGAGAAUGGAGAUCUCACUAUCAGUAACAUCCGGACCAUUCACUCUGGCCUCUAUAAACUCAAGAUCAGCAGCAGAGGCAAAGAAAACAACUACAAGAGAUAUAUUGUUACCAUCAGUGUGAAGUCACUGUCAGCGACCGCAGGAGGUUCUCUCCAGACUCAUGCCCAAAUACAGAGCGGUGAUCUGAUUCUGUGGACGCUUGGAGCUGAGAAUGUUCUCAUCGUUAAAAAGGAUCGAGAAACAACUACCGUUAAUGAGAGAUUCCGAGGCAGGCUUAGGUUGGGCAAGAGUACGGCAUCUCUGAACAUCGCAGACGUCACAAAUACAGACUCUGGGCAUUAUAAACUGCAGAUCGUCAACACUAAAAAGACCACAUUCAGGAGAAUCAAUGUGACCGUCACCGAAAACCAGGCGAGUCAAUUAGACAGUGAUGUAAUGCUGAUGUUGGAAGAUGUGGAUGGACUGAAUGAGCAGGAAGAGACAUGGUCACUUUAAUUCAAUAAGACUCCAUUGUGGCAUCAUAUAACAUUUGAUCUCAA